AAUUAUGCGGAGGUAAACAUUGAUCGACGAAGAUGAACAUUGCGAAAAAACGACCAUGAAUGAAGAUACAAAUGAGGGAAAGAAAAUAGAAAAUUGUGCAUUAUAUGUAGAUGUGAAACCUUCUCAAUGGCCUAUUAUCUACUCACCUGAAUAUAACAUUGGAUUCUUGGGCCUGGAAAAGCUUCAUCCAUUUGAUGCUGGAAAAUGGGGAAAAGUAUACCAAUUUUUAAAAGACCAUGGAAUGAUCAGAGAUGACACAACAGUUAGGCCACGAGAGGCUUCUGAAGAAGACUUAUUGGUCGUUCACACCAAACAGUACAUCAACGAUCUCAAAUGGAGUGUCAAUGUGGCCAGUAUCACAGAGGUGCCUCCUGUUGCCCUCAUCCCAAACUUUAUUGUCCAGCGGAAGGUUUUACGGCCAUUCCGGUACCAAACUGGAGGUACAAUAUUGGCAGGAAAGCUUGCCAUGGACCGUGGAUGGUCAGUCAACAUUGGUGGUGGAUUUCAUCACUGUAGCUCAACCCGAGGGGGAGGCUUCUGUGCCUACGCUGACCUGACACUCUCCAUCAAAUUCUUAUUUGAUAAGGUUGAGAAUGUCUCCAAGGUCAUGAUUGUUGACCUUGAUGCACAUCAGGGUAAUGGACAUGAGAGGGAUUUCAUGACAGAUGACAGAGUCUAUAUCAUGGAUGUAUACAACAGAGGGAUCUAUCCACAUGAUGGAUAUGCAAAACGUGCAAUCAAAAGAAAAGUUGAACUGCAACAUUUUACAGAAGAUGUUACAUAUCUUGGUCUGGUAGAUAGAAACAUGGACCAGGCUCUAAAUGAAUUUACACCUGACAUCAUAGUGUAUAAUGCAGGGACAGAUAUCUUGGAGGGGGACCCCCUUGGGAACCUGUCAGUCACUCCAGAGGGAAUCGUGGAGCGAGACCAGAUUGUAUUUACAAAGGCACAUUCCCGGGGGAUUCCCAUCAUGAUGGUUACCAGUGGGGGCUAUCAGAAAACAACAGCACGAAUCAUUGCCAACUCAAUCAUCAAUCUGAGACAGAAAAAUCUUAUUGGUUGCGAUGCUGCUGAACAAGAGCCUGUUCCUAGAACAGAAAUUCGUUCAAGCCUUCCUAGGAGCCAGAGUGAAGGGUUUUUGGCCCGUUUUAAACGAACAUGCUUAUCAACAUCAACAUCUACAACGACCCAAGAUUUGACCAAGUUGGAUACAAGUCCAGAUGUUCAUAUAGAUGGAAUGGGUUCAAUCAAGGAUCUGGGGUAUAUUUGACCCUAGGCACUUUGUGAUUGACCCCCAUGUGAUCAUAUAGGAUUAAAACUGACCUUGGAUAUGCCAAGGAGAAAUUUAAUCCAUCAUUUUGUGACCGUCUAGGAUUAAAAUUGGCCUCAGAUCAGCCUAGAGGAAAUUUCAUCCUUCUGUGACAGUCUAGAAUUAAAAUUGGCCUCAGGUCAGCCUAGGAGAAAUUGAUCCUCCUGUGACUGUUUAGGAUUAUAAUUGUCCCUAGGUCCACCUUGAUCCUCCUGUGUCAGUUUAGGAUCAAAAUUGUCUCUGGGGCAGCCUGUGAAAUUUCUUUCUCAUGUGACAAUCUAGAAUUAAAAUUGACCUUAGGUCAGUCUUGGGGAAAUUUAAUCCUCCUGUGACAGUCUAGGAUUAAAAUUGACCUUAGGUCAGACUAGGAGAAAUUUUAUCCUCCUGUAACUGUCUAGGAUUAAAAUUGACCUUAGGUCAGACUAGGAGAAAUGUUAUCCUCCUGUGACUGUCUAGGAUUAAAAUUGUGCCAAGGGGAGAUUUGAUCCUUCUAUGAUAAUCUAAAAUUGAAAUUGACCUUAGGACAACCCAGGAAAGAUUUAACCAAGGGCCCAUGGGUCAGUCUCAUAUUCAAAUUAGUACAAGGUGUAUUCAAUUCCAGGUCAAUAAAAAGUAAAUUUUAAUGUUAAACCAGUUUAGGGUUGACCCGAGUAGUAUCAAGGAUACCUUUGAUCCUAGGAUGGUUACGGGACAUUGAAAUGUCCAAUACACAGUUAGUUAGUGUACCUACAUAAAAUCAGAGCAUUGACAACCCUUGAUAAUCAAUACUUGUAGGUGAGCUGAGGGCAUAUCCCCAGAAUAAUCCUGAAACUCCAGGUCUUCUUUGCUUUAAUUAUCAAUAAUAACUACCUGUAAUAAUCUAUAAUGUUUACAGAUAUACAUUUAUAUUUUUCUUCCAUAUGAGGAUAAUUAGCCAUUAGGUUGCCUCUAUCAAAUUUUGAUAUAUAAUUCACAAAUCUGCUUGGUGAGAUCCUAUCAGAAUAUUUGACUAGGUAUUUUUUAGUAGAACAAUCUAAUACUAAUCCUUCAAAAGGUUAUCAAAACAAAUACCAAAAAAAAUCAAAAUAAUGAAUUUUCCCUUGUAUUACAUGAUAAAUAAGUUUUUAGUAAAAUUGAUGUGAAUGAAUGAUACAUGUACUGGUAUGUUUAUAUAAUCUUGCUUGAGAUAUGCCUAUUAUAUAGAAAAAGGUCACAAAAAUACAAAGCAUUCCAUAUCCUAUAUGUUGUAUAUCUUUUCAUAUGUUUAUUUUUGUUUGUUGAAUACUAGGCUAAGAGUAUAUUCUACCUAAAUGUAAUGUGCAAUACAGAAGAGUUCCACACUAAGAAAGAUAAUAUUGAUAUUGUAAAAAGAACACCAAAGGUAAUUAAUUCUAGCAUUGAUAUUUUGAUGGAAAAAAAUAAAGAAUAAAUUAAAAAUAAUGCUAUUGAUAAUUGGUUUUUGAAUUUUAAAACAUCCAGCUUACAAAAUGUACUUUGUUUAUGAAGAAAGAUAAGUAGAUCAUGUAAAAGUCUGAUGCUCUGAUAAGUUGAUGUAUCUUUUUUAUAUAUAUAUUGUUACUGAUGUACCGUUCGUAAACUCAUAUUUUACUUCACUUAUGCUGUUGUUUUACCAUACGUACAUGUAAAUUCAAUUUGGACUAUUUUCAUUUAAAUUUUCUCUCAGUAGAACAAAUAUUUUGAUAGGAAAUACAGUGAUGUUUCUUUUUUUGCACAAGUUGUUAAUUGUCUCAGAUUCUUUUAUCAAAUAAUUUUUCAUUUACUAGCAGCAAUGUUGGAAGUAUAUCCCGAUGAAAUUUUGGUUGGACAGGCAUAUAUAUAACCUGUUCAUUUUAAUAUCCAGUCAUACACAUUGGAAUAAAACACAGACAUUUUUUUUAAGACCUAUCUGAUCUUAUCACUAGAAUAUAUUUCAACAACUUAACCAUGUAAGAAUGGAGAAAGAGUAUCACGUCUGUAUCUCACGGCAUGUGGUAACUAAUUGUUGGACCUCCCUUGCAGGUCUUUAGUGGUUUUUUUGGUAACCCUUAUUGAGGGGACAACCUAAGAAUAGAGUCAGCUAUGUUCAACUUCAUAAAUGUAGAUGGCAACUUAAGUGAAACUGAAAUUAGGGAUCUCAUCCAUUUCUUCUACUAAAGAGGCAUUGAAGAGACCAAAUAGGCCUGCGGCUUCUAUUGCAACAUUUGGGAUCUUGUUUAUUUACUUCUUUUCUGUGCUUUAUCUUCUGCUCUUAGUGGCCAUCGUGAUAUUCGUCUGAUAUGACCCUGGGUUUAUAUUGCAAGAACGUUAAACUCUGGAAAACAAAUUUUGAUAACAUGCGAUAUUCAAAAUAUGAUUAAAGGUUUAGUUAAGUUUAUUGUUUCUUUACGUCCUUUUAACAGUCAUGUUUUAUUCAAGGAUGUACCUUAAAUGUGCAUGUAUGUGAACAAGUUUGGGUGGAGUUCCCGGCGAAAAAAAAAACAACCUGGAGCCAGUACCUGGCGACAGAUCCACUUAUUUCUUUAACCCGCAACCCAGAGGUGGAGGGCUAGUGAUGAAGACGCCUUAACCACUCGGCCCUCCGAAAAAGUUUUUACGCUAUUGUCGCUAUAUCAUUGGACUGUUUUGAAGAUAUUUUUGAAUGACUGUAUUAAGAGGCUUUCAAAGUAUCACAGCACUUAAGUAUUGUCACAAUAUCAUCCGUCACUUGUCACAACAAUAUCGCUCUAUAACGACAUGUUUAUACAAAAAUGUGUACUAGCAUUUGGUUCUAUAAAGAAAAUGUCCCAGUAUCAUUUCACUCUAUUAAGGUAUUUAUUCUUUUUAGAUGUUGUCAUAUUACUGCUGGGCAUCAAACUGAUAUUUGCUAUCUGGUAAUCGCUUAUUUCACAGAAUUGCCAUGAGAAGUUUCAUUCCUCUUUUUAGGUCAUCUGACCCAAAGGGUCAAGAUGACCUAUAGCCAUUGUGCUUCGUCCGUCGUCGUCCACCGUGCGCCGUCCGUAAACUUUUCAUUCAAACAACUUCUUCUCAAAUACUAGAAGGUCUAGGGGGCUAAUAUUUGGCACAGAGGAUACUGGCAUGGAGCUCUACCAAGUUUGUUCAAAUGAAUGACCUUGACCCACUUUAAAGGUCACAGGGGUCAAAUAUGUUAAAAUCUUUAAACAACUUCUUCUCAUUAACCAAAAGGCUCAGAGUAUAGAUAUUGGGCCUGUGACAUGCUGGGAUGAAGUGCUACUAAGUUUGUUCAAGUGAAUGACCUUGACCCACGUUCAAGGUCACAGGGGCCAAAUAUGUUAAAAUCUUUAAAUGACUUCUCCUCAAUAACCAAAAGGCUCAGAUUGCUGAUAUUGUGCCUGUGGCAUGCUGGGAUGAAGGGCUAUCAAGUUUGUUCAAAUGAAUGACCUUGAACAACUUUCAAGGUCACAGGGGUCAAAUAUGUUAAAAUCUUUAAAUAACUUCUUCUCAAAUACUAGAAGGCCUAGGGGGCUAAUACUUGGCCCAUAGCAUGCUGGCAUGGAGCCCUACAAAGUUUGUUCAAAUGAAUGACCUUGGCCCACUUUCAAGGUCACAGGGGUCAAAUAUGUUAAAACAUACAUACGACUUCUUCUCAACAAGCAAAAGUCCAUGAGUGCUGAUAUUGGGCCUGUAAGAUGCUUGGAGGAGAGGCUACCAAGUUUGUUCAAAUGAAUGACCUCAACCCACUUUCUAGGUUUGGCUUGCUUUUUGUCAGAUGACCGUUAAGGCCCAUGGACCUCUUGUUGUAUUACUUUCAUGGUAAUUUAGGAAUACUGAACACUUACCAAGACAGAAUUUUUAAAUGCUUCUUUGUUCAUUAAACCUGAGUAUUAACCAAAACUUCAGAUAAUGAUUAACAAUAAAAAUCUAAUCUAUAUAUGACAUCGAGUCCUGUGAGCAUGCAAAACUUUUUGUGCCAUAAUGAUCAGUGUGUACUCUAAGACUUUUAAUGAUUUAAUUCAUAUCUGAAGGCAUUGUAUGGA